AUGGGUAAUCUUGUAGAUUCUUGUUGCAUGAGAAACAAUGAGUCAUUAGUGAAUGUAAUAUAUUGGGAAGGAAACACAAAAACUCUAAUGGGUAAUAAGAAAAGAAUAGCUGGAGAAAUAAUGUUCGAGUUCCCUGAAAGCAUGGUUUGUGACGCCGAUCGUUUCUUUAUUGGUCAUGCUAUGCCAUCUUUAGAUAUCGAUGAUGAACUCAAGCCCGGUAAAACAUAUUUUGUUCUCCCACUCGAUAUAUUCUCAUCACAUAUCCUGUCAGUCUCUUCCAUAUCAUCUUUUGUUGCGCAUAAUUAUAGACGUAGUCCAGCUGAUCUAAAAGAAUGUCCAUUAGAGUACAUAAAAGAAUCAAAUGGUAGAGUUCUUAUCAAGAUUAAAUCUGAGUUCAUGUCAAGGCAUCUUAUGAACAGAUGUGGUAGUCAUGAUCAUGUUGAUCAAGUGAUCAAAUCGACGUGUAAUGAUUUAGCAAAUGGUAACUUAUGUAGCACGCCGGAGCUCAAGAAGGAAUACGAACAAUUGGUUCGAUCCAAGGAUCAAAUUUGGUCGCCUAAUCUUGAUACAAUUUCGGAAGCUAAGAAGAUUAUUUGGUAUUCUCCUUGUAGAUUUAUCGGGAUGGACUGGCAACAGAAAGAGGAGGAUUUAUAA